AUGGCGAAGCGCACCAAGAAGGUCGGAAUCACGGGCAAGUACGGCACGCGCUACGGUGCCUCGCUCCGAAAGAUCGUGAAGCGCUACGAGAUCCAGCAGCGUGCCAGGUACAUGUGCACUUUCUGCGGCAAGGAGAAUGUGAAGCGCCUCGCCGGCGGCAUCUGGAAGUGCAAGUCCAAGACCUGCCAGCGGACCAUUGCCGGUGGCUGCUGGACCCUGUCCACGGGCCCCGCCGCCACCGUGCGCGCGACCAUCGCGCGCCUCAAGAAGCAGCAGGGCGGCGGCGUCGAGGAGUGA